AUGGAUAUCAAAUGGCUCAUUAUAGCCUUUACGGUUGUGGUGGUCACCUGCUCGGCCCAGCGGCAGGUCACAGUUCAGCCGGGGCCCUUGAUUCGAACAGAAGGCUCUCACAUCACCAUCUGGUGUAACGUGACUGGCUACAAAGAAGGAGUGGAGCAAGACUUUGAGUGGUCCAUGUACCUUUACACCGCUCCUGAUAGAGAGAUCCGCAUCGUGAGCACGUCCCAGCACAACUAUGCCUAUGCCUUGUAUGCCCAACGUGUCAACAGUAAGGACAUCUACAUCGAGAGGCUAAGCGGAGACUCUGUCCUGUUGCACAUCACUAAACUGCAGGCCACUGACCAGGGCAUGUAUGAGUGCUAUACCCCGAACACAGACAGCCGAUACCUGGGCUCCUACAGUGCCCGUACCAACCUCACCGUGAUACCGGACUCUCUGGCAGUGACGGCUGCUGCUCAAACCCUCGCCAAAGUGGAAGGAGACACCCUACAACUGAGUUGUGAAGUCACACGCCAGACGUCCCAGCACACUCACGUGUCUGUAGGCUGGUUCCUGCGUCCCACUGACGACCCGAGUUCUGGCCCACGUGAUCUGGUCACUCUAUCACGAGACUUUGUUCUACGACCCGGUGGACAGUAUCGUCAGCGUCUUUCCUCUGGAGAUCUGCGGUUGGACAAAACCAGUGCCACUUCUUACCGUCUCACCAUCUAUAAACUUCAGCCUUCAGAUCAGGGCGAGUUUUACUGCGAGGCCUCCGAAUGGAUCCAGGACCCCGAUCGCUCCUGGUACGCACUGACCCGGAAAGAGUCAGAGAAGACGUCGGUCAAAGUUCAGCCCACAGAUCGGGACUUCAGCAUCCAGGUGACCACAGAUCGCCGGGCCUACACGGCUGGUGAGCCGCUGGAGCUCCGCUGCACCAUUGACGCUCAAAAUGUUCCAGAGCGCUUCUUCUCGGUGUCGUGGGUCUUCAGCAGCUCACCCGUAGCCGUGAUCGGGCCCAGCGCUGUGCCUGCUCUGGGACCCAACUACGUGGACCGGGAAGCUGCCGGCCUCCUGACUGUGCGCAAAGAAAGUCCAUCUGUCCACCUCCUCAAGCUACAGCGCCUACUGCCUGAGGAUUCUGGGAAAUACAUCUGCAGAGUGACAGAGCGGGAAAAGACCCUCACUGGAGAUUUCAUCGACCGCAGCAAACGCUCCCGCAACGUUCAGAUCACUGUAACCCCGCUCAGAAGUAACAUCACUGUGUCCUUAUCCAGCAACACGUCAGAGAUAAUGGAGGGUGAGAGCAUCCAGCUGACCUGUGUUGUUGGCAGUACUAUGGGUCCACUGUCAGUGACGUGGCAGUGGACAGAUAAGGAUGGAGCGGGUCCUGCUGUGAACGUGGCAUUUGUGGAUCGUGAGGGUACCGUCACUCCUGGGCCCACUUUUAGGGAGCGAAGCAGCUUCGGGGAGAUCCGGGUGGAGCGUGUUCAACCCGACACCUUCACUCUGUUCCUGUACAAUGCCUUCCCCACAGAUGAGGGUCAAUACAGAUGCAGCGCCACCGAGUGGUCACAGAGUGGUUCUGCACCCGACUGGAAUUGGCAGCAGAUAGGAGACGAAUCCGCCAUCAAAACCGUCACUGUGAAAUCAGUCGAAUCUUUCUUCUUCGUGUCAGCCUCCUCCCGCACGCCCAGUGUUACAUUUGGUGACUCGUUUGACCUACAGUGUAUUGUGAAGCCGCGACACAAUCCCAACGUUCCCGCUGCAGUCACAUGGCGAUUUCAGCCAGCAGAGGGCGAUGGAGAGUUUAAAGAUUUGGUGACUUUCACACGGGAUGGUACUCUACAGUGGGGCGAUCAGCUGCUGGGUCUGGGCACACGUACUACAGUGGAUCGUACGCCCACUAACACCAACUUCCGGCUUAGCAUUACCCGGGCUGGACGCAAAGAGGCCGGGACGUACCAAUGCGCUGCCCUGCUUUUUCGGAGGAAUUACGAUGGCACCUGGAGCACAGUGGCUAACCGCACAUCCAACCCUCUGGGCAUCAGUGUACUUCAGCCUGUGAGUAAACUGAAGGUGCACAAGUCCAAUCAGAGUCUUCAGUUUCUGGAGGACAGUCGUGUGCGGGUCAACUGUUCUGUCUCCUCUCAGACCAGCCUGGACUCACAGCAUGCAGUGCUGUGGUACGCCCGCAAGGCUGAAGCGGGUCAGCCGGAUGAGCUUCUGCUGAAGAUUGAACACACAGGGGCAUUUGAGUAUGGUGCAUAUGCAGAAGAAGAGCGUCUGCGCAGCCGUGUGCAGUCAGAGAGACUUUCUCCUAGAUUGUACGGCCUCACACUGCACCGCGCAGAGACCAGCGACUCUGGAGUUUACUACUGUCUGGUGGAGGAGUGGCUCAUGGACCCUGACGGAGAGUGGUACCGGCUGGCACAGGACUCCUCUGGCUUCACACAUGUUGCUGUGAGACAGCCAGUAGAGAAGUUACAGGUGGAAGAGGCAGAAUCCAAUAUCACAAUACCUGAAGAUGGAUCAAUUCGGCUAGGCUGCAGCAUUCUGUCUCAGUCCUCAAAAGACUCCCGCUUCUCUGUAUCCUGGUACGUGUAUCGUUUGGGCCAAGAGGAGGAGGAUGAGAAAGAGUGUGUCUUCUCCAUCGGGCAUGACGCAGUGUUUGGUAAUGGAAACUGCAGUCCCACGGAGGAGCCUGGUCCAAACUCUCGCCUGCAGUUUGAACGCACCACGUCAGACCUGUACAGUCUGACCAUCCAGAAAGCUCGGGCCAGAGAUGCCGGAAAUUACUACUGUCAUGUUGGAGAAUGGCUGCUUAACCCACGCAACGAAUGGUACCAACUGGCCACCAAGAACUCCGGAAUCACCAUUGUUAAUGUUAUGGAGCAGGUCUCUACAAUUCAGUCAGUGGUUUGUUCCAACGACUCGCUCUUCUACUUCGUCUUCUUUUACCCCUUCCCCAUCUUCGGCAUUCUCCUCAUCGCGGUCCUGCUGGUGCGUUACAAGAGCCGGAGCUCCAGCAAGAACCAGGAGGGCAAGAAUGGAGCACCGCUCCUGUGGAUAAAAGAGCCCCAUCUCAGCUACUCCCCAACCUGCCUGGACCCUCCAGCUCUUAGCCUACACCCUGGCUCAGUGGAGUAA